GUACGCGAUAACUACCAAACAGCUUGGUUAGUUGCUUGUGUGUUGAUGUAUGGAUUAUAUGGAUGUUGCAUUAUAAAUAAAAUAAGUGUAAAUAAAAGUUGUGCUAUGGGAAAUUGGGGUUCUAACGUUUCUCCCGUUCUUUCGGCAGAAGCCGUUGACGAGUACAUAGAGCUGUCAUAUUUAAAUAAAAAUGAAAUUAUACGAAUUUAUGAACUCCUUGACAAUUUGGAAUCAGGAUGUCUUAAGCAAAAUCUUCAUCAUCGCUUUCCUGUAGAGCAAAUCGACAAAGUUUUACCGCAGAUUCGCUGUAAUCCGUUCCGCGACGCAAUAUAUCGGGUGUUCUCGUCGAAGCAGGACGGAUGUUUGAGUUUCGAGGACACCCUCGACCUCUGCUCGGCCUUCUCCGCGAAUUGUCCUCGGGGCGUCCGGGCUACAUGGGCUUUUGAGAUUUUCGAUUUCGACGGCGACAAUGAAAUCUCUCUUAACGAUUUGAUCGAGAUAGUGCGGAGACUAACAAGCACAGAUGAGCGCGGACAGGACCGAAUCGAUCCACAACACGCGCAGAACAUAGCGCGAAUGAUCCUGCGGGAAAUGGAUCUCUCUGGAACGGGUAGCAUAGAACUGCAAGAAUUUAUACAUAUGAUCGCUAAAAUGCCAGAUUUUGCACAUACGUUUCAAUUUAAAAUUUUAUAAGUUCAAAAAAGAAAAAAAGUAAAAAAAUUGUAUCGUUCAACAUGUAUGCAAAACUAUUUUAAAAAUUCAAAUGAAAAAUUUUAAGCUCAUUUAUAUACGUUUAUAUACACAUGCAGGGUCGUUUGAUGAGUAACUUGGUUCGCACGACAUAGAGGACGACAGCAACAACUGUACAUGUAGUUAUAAAGUUUCCUUUCUAUAGAUGUAUAUUCUAUGGUCACCAGUCAUUCUGACAGUAAUUCGUUGUUUGACCGUUACUUAAACACAAGUGCUUCAAGUGACAGUUCAAAAUGGAUAAAAUUGGAAUUCGUGGGGUGAUUCAAUUCUUUUUUCUGGAAGGAAAAACAGCCAAGGAAAUCUAUGAAAGGAUUUUGCCUACAUUGGGUGACUUAUGUCCUUGCUAUGAAACUGUUCGACUUUGGGUAAACGAUUUUAAGCGCGGCAGAAUAAACAUCGAAGAUGCACCACGUUCUGGAGGUCCGAGAACAGUUGUCACGCCACAAAUCAUCGACAAAGUCCAUGAUAUAAUUUUGACCGACAGACGAGUGAAAGUGCGCGAGUUAAUAGAGGCCACGGGUAUUUCAGCUGAGCGAGUUUAUUUUAUUUUGCAUAAUGAAAUACAUAUGAAAAAACUUUGUACAAGGUGGGUGCCUUGUCUGCUUACUCCAGAACAAAAGCGAAUUCGUAUGCGAACAUCAACCGAGUGUUUGCAAGUGUUUAAGACGAAUCCAACGGAUUUCUUACGACGUUUUGUGACCAUGGAGGAAGGUUGGAUUCACCACUAUAUAUCGGAAACAAGACAGAAAUCUAAACAGUGGACAAUACGAGGUGAACCGGCUCCGAAAAAGAUAAAAAACGUAUUCACUGAAAAGGUGAUUGCGUCAAUUUUUUGGGACGCGAAAGGAAUUCUCCUGAUUGACUACCUUGAGAAGGAAGAAAACAUUACUAGACAAUACUACCUAGCACUUUUGGAGAGAUUGAAGGCAGCGAUCGCGGAGAAACGCCCUGAAAUGGCCAAAAAAAUGAUGCUGUACUAUGACAACAUACCGGCUCAUUUAAACCAUGUCACUGAACAAAAAUUGACUGAACUAAGGUUUAAAAUUCUUCCGCAUCCACCCUGUUCGCCCGAUCUAGCUCCCUCGGAUUACCAUUUGUUCCCGAAACUCAAAGCUUUUCUGGCUAGAAAAAAAUUUGGGUCAAACGAAGAGGUGAUACAGAGCGUAAACGAGUAUUUUGAAGACCUUGAAGAAAUCCACUUCCGCGAAGGAAUCGCGGACCUGGAGAAACGCUGGGAUAAGUGCAUUGAACUUCGAGGGGACUAUAUCGAAAAAUAAAGUACUCUUUAUGAAAUUGUCUUUAAUA